UCAAAAAAAAAAAAUUAGCAAUUCACUUUUCCUUAAAUGUGUAUUCACCCUUUUUAUUGGCACAUGUCAUUUUCUCAAAAUUCAUUGCAGCGUUGAACUCAGUUUUCUAGCUAAACAAGAAUUUAAAUGAUGAAACAAGACCAUGACCAUGACCGGUUCUUCUGUUGUGUAGAAUUUAUUUUUCCAAACAAUGGUAUCACCAAGUGUCAAUGAGUCAAGUCAACUAUACCCCCGAUCCAUUCUCACACCACAUGCAUAAAUACCCCCAAAAAACACAACCUUAAGACAGCACAAUUAGAUAAUUUUCAUAAAGUGUCAUACAUAUGGAGACCAUUUUUGUGGUUCUAGUGAUCUUUGUUAUUGCUACAAAUUCAAUCUCAGCAGCACCCUCUCUCUUUACCAAAAAUUCUUCAUGUCCAGUUGACAUGAAUUACGUGUUAAGAGUUCCUUGGAACACCUCUACAUGCCUUAACUUCCAACCCUUGCAAUCCCAAAACAAAGCACAAACAACUCUAUGUUGUCAAACUUUGUUGUCUCUUUUUGGCAUAGCACUAGCAAAAAAUCUCAAGAAGAACUCUCUUUUCCAACUCCCAAAUCUCCCUACCUCCACUUCAUGCCUUCAAGACUUCCAAACUAAGCUCAGUUCCCUUUCACUUAACAAUGACCUUGUGUCUUCAUGCUUUGAUCCACUUCAGUUUGUUAUCACUCCUAACAUAUGCGCUCGUGUUCAAUCUAAGCAAGAUUGGAUCAGCAGGGUUGGUCCUGCACCAUUGUUCAACACUUCUUGUAAACCAGACCUUAGUGUUUCUACCAAUUGUGAUGCAUGUGUUAACCAGGGACUAAAGGUUCAAGAGAAGCUGAAUCAAAUUGAUGGUAAUAGUUCACAUUCCAAAGAUUGCUUUUACUUCACCAUCAUUUAUAUUGUUGGAGUUGUGAAUGAGUUUGGCCCUGAAAGCAACGGUGCUAUGUCAUGCAUUCUUGAAUUGCCUCUUAACUCUCAAGUGGGUUCCAGAAAAAAGAGCUAUCAUGCUCUUGUUUUUGGGUUAAUUGGAGCUUCAAUCGGAUUCAUCGUUAUCAUGUUCUCUUUGUUUGCCUACUAUUUUUGGCACACUAGGAGGAUAAAGAGAGUAAGUACUGAAAAUUUUCUAGACCUUGCUGAUCCAAGUGAACAAAGGUCCGGACCAAGAUUGAGACCAAAAACAGGAUCAAUUUGGUUCAAAUUUGAUGACCUUGUAAAGGCGACCGACAAUUUCUCGCUCCAAAACUAUAUUGGUAGAGGUGGAUUUGGGAUAGUUUACAAGGGCAUUCUACCUGAUGACACAACUGUUGCUGUUAAAUGCAUGGAAGAAUCUGAUUUUCAAGGGGAUGAUGAGUUCUAUACCGAAGUGGAGAUUAUUGGCAACUUGAAACACCGCAAUCUAGUGCCAUUAAGAGGGUGUUGUGUGGUUGAUGACGAUCAUAAUCAAGAGCACAAAAAUAGGUAUCUUGUUUAUGAUUAUAUGCCAAAUGGUAACCUUGAAGAUCAUAUCUUUCCAUCAUUGGACAACGAAAAUGAACAGAAAUUGUUGACUUGGCCUCAAAGAAAAAACAUAAUCUUGGAUGUGGCAAGUGGGUUGGUUUAUUUGCACUUUGGAGUUAAACCUGCUAUUUAUCACAGAGAUAUCAAAGCCACCAAUAUACUACUUGGUGCAGAUAUGAGAGCAAGGGUUGCAGAUUUCGGGCUGGCCAAAGAAAGCAGUGAAAGUAGGUCGCAGCUAAAUACAAGAGUAGCUGGAACAUAUGGAUAUCUUGCCCCAGAAUAUGCACUCUAUGGUCAGCUAACCGGGAAGAGCGAUGUCUAUAGCUUUGGUGUGGUUGUUUUGGAGAUUAUGUGUGGAAGAAAAGCUCUUGAGGUGUCUUCAUCAGGAACACCUAAUUUCUUGAUCACGGAUUGGGUUUGGUCGUUAAUGAAAUCAGGAAACCUAGCAGAAGCUUUCGAUGCUUCUAUCUUGGUGGAUGAUGGAAAAUCCAAUAGUAGGAAUAUAAUGGAGAGGUUUUUGCUGGUUGGAAUUCUGUCUUCUCAUGUAAUAGCUGAUUCAAGGCCAACAAUUUUGGAUGCAUUGAAGAUGUUAGAAGGAGAUAUUGAAGUUCAGCCAAUUCCAGAUAGGCCGAUGACUCUUGAGCACCACAUGUUUACCAAUGGUGAUUCUGUUAAACAGUGAAAAUCAAGAUGUAUAAAAAAUUAAAAAAUAUUAAAGAUAUAACAAAAGUGAUUGAAGUGUAAUAGUUGUUAUUAUCAUAAUGAUCUUAGGGAUCAAACAGAAAGACAAUAAUAUUGCUUGUAUUACAAGUAAUCUAUAACUCAAGUCAAUUUCACUAAUAUAAA